AGACUGAGGCGGUGGCGGAACGGGGCUGCUGGCCCCGCCCUGAGUCCCUACCCUUUGGAGGACUGCGCUUCUCCUUCGGAGGGAGUGUUCGCCGCCGCCGCCGCGGCCGCCACUUGGAGUUUCUUCAGACUCCAGAUUUCCCUGUCAACCACGAGGAGUCCAGAGAGGAAACGCGGAGCGGAGACAGCAGUAUCCCACGCCUCUUGCAGCCCGGAUCACCCCAGCAGGGAUGGGCGACAAGACCUGGCUGCCCUUCCCCGUGCUCCUUCUGGCCGCUCUGCCUCCGGUGCUGCUGCCUGGAGCGGCCGGCUUCACACCUUCCCUCGACAGCGACUUCACCUUUACCCUUCCCGCCGGCCAGAAGGAGUGCUUCUAUCAGCCCAUGCCCCUGAAGGCCUCGCUGGAGAUCGAGUACCAAGUUUUAGAUGGAGCAGGAUUAGAUAUUGAUUUCCAUCUUGCCUCUCCAGAAGGCAAAACCUUAGUUUUUGAACAAAGAAAAUCAGAUGGAGUUCACACUGUAGAGACUGAAGUUGGUGAUUACAUGUUCUGCUUUGACAAUACAUUCAGCACCAUUUCUGAGAAGGUGAUUUUCUUUGAAUUAAUCCUGGAUAAUAUGGGAGAACAGGCACAAGAACAAGAAGAUUGGAAGAAAUAUAUUACUGGCACAGAUAUGUUGGAUAUGAAACUGGAAGACAUCCUGGAAUCCAUCAACAGCAUCAAGUCCAGACUAAGCAAAAGUGGGCACAUACAAACCCUGCUUAGAGCAUUUGAAGCUCGUGAUCGAAACAUACAAGAAAGCAACUUUGAUAGAGUCAAUUUCUGGUCUAUGGUUAAUUUAGUGGUCAUGGUGGUGGUGUCAGCCAUUCAAGUUUAUAUGCUGAAGAGUCUAUUUGAAGAUAAGAGGAAAAGUAGAACUUAAAACUCCAAACUAGAGUACUUAACAUUGAAAAAUGAGGCAUAAGAAUGCAAUAAACUGUUACAGUCAAGACCAUUAAUGGUCUUCUCCAAAAUAUUUUGAGAUAUAAGUGUGAAACAGGUAUAAUUUUAAUGUGAAAAUUAAGCCUUCACUUUCUGUGCAAGUAAUCCUGCUGAUCCAGUUGUACUUAAGUGUGUAACAGGAAUAUUUUGCAGAAUAUAGGUUUAACUGAAUGAAGCCAUAUUAAUAACUGCAUUUUCCUAACUUUGAAAAAUUUUGCAAAUGUCUUAGGUGACUUAAAUAAAUGAGUAUUGGGCCUAAUUGCAACACCAG